ACACCAUCAUCCACUACGGUCAUCUGCACUGGUACCUAUUAGUUCCUCCAAGAUUCUUUGGAAACUGUAUCAAUCGAAGACACUGUAGAAAGAUCUACUGCGUGCACCAGCCCACGAUGCCAAAGAGUGCCAAAAGACGAAAAGACAAGGCCGCUGAUUUCACAAAAGCGAAGUUAAAGCUAGGAAAGGGAAAGCAGGUUGCCGGCAAUGCCAUAGACACGUCGUUCAAGGCUCGUUCGAUUGCCUUGCCGUCGCAGAGCAUUACAAAGGACAAAGACAACUAUACACCGACGACGAAACGGCGUUUAACGUUUGACGAACUCGUGGCUCAUACUAAACACUACGGCGCUGCAACUCGCAAAGAUGCACUUGCAGGCUUUCGAGAGUUAUUUGAAACGUACCCCCAUAUCAUAAAUGAAUCACUAACAACGUUGUUCAAUUCAUGCGUUCGACUGAUCGGAGACGAGGAUGCGGGGGUUCGAAAGGCUCUUUUAUCUUUUUUUACUUGGUUGUUUCCCCGGAUACCAAAGGAACAAUUAAUCCCCCAUGCACCUACCCUCCUGCUCUUCACUUCCUCCGCGCAAACCCAUAUUUUCCCUGAAAUUCGUAUUGACGCCAUCAAAUUUCUAGACUUGCUCCUGAUAUAUAUACCGGAGCCAGUCACUUCUGGAUGGAAUCAAGGUGGCGACAAGCACGGGGCAAGAGUCUUAGAAGGUUAUCUCGGUUUGCUGAACGCGGGAACAAAGUUCGGAGAAAAUGACGGGCCCAUUAGAGCAACGUCAACUGCUAGCGUUGUACUGACCGCAGCUUCGAAGCUGGUAGUAUUACGAUCUCUUGCUACAUUUUUGCGUCAAGCCCUCUCCCUAACGUCACGCAGUGAUCCCCGCUGGUAUUUUGCGUCUUCAUUUGAUUCACCCGCUUCGUACGGAGCGUUUGAGCAGUUGCUUCGACCCUCUUCUACUUACCAAGACCAAGAGUUUCCCUGUCGCAGGUGGCGUGAUGAAUCCGACGAUAACACCGGGGAUGAAGAUUUCGUACUCAACGAGCCCAGGCCAUCGUCUUCAUCGAUGGGCGCCCAUCAAUACUUACCUGAUGUGCUCAACAUGUCUGAAGAUCUCUCGGCCUCGCAUGCACCUGGGAACAUCGCCUUCAUCAGUAAUCUGGCUCGAGCCCUGCAAUCGACGCUUGUAUCUACCUUUUUAGAUUACGCCCCAGCUGUGUUUUCUCCUAGUUCAAAUCCUCCAGAGGUUGAACUCGAUCUGAUUCUGGCAGUUUCCGACAGUGUUCGCAGUAUAUACGGAGAAAUUUCUCACAUUCAAGACACAAAAAACUCAUCGUUACUAGAGAACCUGACAAGUAUUCUCGGUUACAUGACUCCGUUUUUCCCGUUUCGGCCUGGGGGAAAACGCGACAUCAAGAUUGAACAAGCCUUUCAAGACCUCAAUCUUGUUUAUUGUGAACUUACUUCGCUUCUCGUUUUGACGUCUCGAGACGCUGGGUCGCCACUACGGUCGCGACAGCAACGACCGAGCAAAACUGAUAACUCUAAGCUGUCAAUACAGAACGACAUAGUGUGCGACUAUGUUCUUCGGGAACUAUCCGGUGGCAAUGUAUCACCAAAUCAAGUACCGCGUUCGUUGACUUCCGCAGCUUAUACCUCCUUGACGCCUACGAUGUGGUCACUGAUCAAUACUCCUUCCCAAUCAUCAAAUGGUGUUUUCGGGGCCGUUCUUGAGCAUGGAACAGUCGUUUCGGCGAAGUCCGCCCUUAAGAAGCCUACGGUCGAUUUUAUAUCGCGGUUGAUACUCAUGAACACCGAUCGCUAUUAUCGAGGCCAUUUUAAGAUUGGCCAAAUAUCGCAGCACUCGAAGCUUGUUGAUUGGAUAGAGGCACUGCCCAAAACCCUAUGGGAGUUGGGUAACACCGAUCUUGCAUUGUCGGAGACCAUCUUGCGAUUCUUGCUUCGACUACUUCAACGCCAGCCCGAAGUACUGCACGAGAAGAUAAGCAGGUCGCUGCGCUCUAGAUUGGUGCCAUUUUUCGUUGUUGAGCAUCCGGUUCGCGGUGAAAUCCCGGGACCGUUCACUAAACUUCCUCAUGGGUCAACAGCGAGGCGUCUAGCACUCGACGUCGUUGCGACCAUGCAAUCGAUGAGUUUUACAGACGACAAGUUGUACUCAUCUGUGAGCAUUGCGGUAAAAGACACGACAGAUGAUACAUAUUGGACUUUGAUCAAUCUAUGA